GUCGACAACCUCCAUUCAUUCAAUGCCAGCACCGAGUUCAAACUCUGGUAGCUCAUCCGCUGAGGAUGAUCAAAAAGAAUCAGUUUACUAUGACCAAGCCACGGCGUUGAGUUUAUCUCCCCAUUUAGAGACACAGGUGUCCUCUAUUUUACAAGUGAAGGAUCCGUUAGAUGCUCCGCAAUUCGACCCUACAGAGUACAUCAACCGCUUAUUCCCCAAUGAACAAGCCAUGGCAUCAAUGGACAGUGUGCUCGGCGUCCUUCGAUCAAAACUCGACGAACUCGGUAUCGAAAUCAAACGACUCACGUCAGAACAACUAAAUAAGGGUGCAGAUAAUGCUGAAGAGCUGAAAAAGGCGAGAAAAUCCAUCGAGGAUUUGUUCAUCAAAAUUCAGGAUAUCAAAAAGAAGGCGGCUCAGUCGGAAGAAAUGGUGCAGGAAAUAACGCAAGACAUAAAGUCGCUUGAUUUUGCAAAGAGACAUCUUACCCUGUCGAUCACAGCUCUUAAACGACUACAAAUGUUGGUAACCGCUGUGAGCCAGCUCGAAGUGAUGAUACAGAAGAGGCAAUACAAAGACAGCGCUCAGCUUCUCCAAGCAGUGCUUCAGUUGAUACAGCAUUUCAAAUUGUACAAAAGUAUACCACAGGUGGCUGAACUUUCCAAGUCGAUUGCUGCGCUACAGACUGAUCUGAACACCCGUGCGCUGCAAGAAUUCAAAUCUGCGUUCAAUUCGGAUGGAUCCAUGACGGGUUAUGCUAGCGUAUUACACGACGCUUGUUUGGUAGUCACCGUUUUGGGAACAGAAUCUGUAAAUUCUCUUACCGAUUGGUACGUUGAUUUGCAACUCAAAACUUAUAGAAAUCUGUUCCGAUCUGGAUUUGAGGUGUCAGAUCUCGACAAUGUAUCCCGUCGAUAUGCUUGGUUGAAGAGGACUUUGAAUACAUGUGAUGAGGAGCACGGCUCAAUAUUCCCCCCGUCAUGGCAUGUCAGUGAAAAGAUAUGUCAGAGCUUUUGCAAAAUUACAAGUGACGACUUGAAGGAGGUGUUGGCAAAGAAGCAACAGCAGAUUGAUGUGAAGGAAUUGCUCAAAAGCUUACAUUUGACCAUCGAAUUCGAGAAUCAGUUGUCGAAGCGCUUCAGCCAACAGAGCCAGAAAGAUGAUACCCAUCGACAGCCUUUCAAAUUUGAAAAGUCUAUAUCUUCUGUUUUUGAACCAUACCUUGGAUUGUACAUUGAAGCGGAGGAUGGCGCACUGGCCGGAAUGAUAGAAGAAUACAAGACGUCUGAUCUGAACUUGGAACUCGAUGCCACCACUGUGGUUUUGCCUUCUAGUACAGAUCUGUUCUAUUUCUAUCGUGAAACUCUUGUUCAAAGCGCUAGAUUAUCAACAGGGAAGGCUUUCUUUGAUCUAUGCAAUCUUUUUGGAAAGCAUCUGGAUAAUUACUGUACAAAUGUGCUACUAGGAAACUUACCCAGGGACGAAAAGCGACCUUUAGAAAAUGAACAGAUACGAUUCGCAUGCUACAUUUUGAAUACUGCGGAUUACUGUGGAAUUACAACGCUACAGUUGGAGGAAAAGCUGAAGGAGAAGAUCGACGAUAAAUGGAAAGAUCAGGUCGAUCUACAAGCACAGCGUGAUAACUUCUUGAAUGCGGCUUCGGUGUCCAUUGGAGCGCUGAUAAGAGGAGUUCUUGGUCAAUUUGAUCCUGCGUAUCAAGCUAUGGCCAAGAUUUCUUGGGGCUUGGUGGAGUCUGUUGGAGACCAGUCAUCCUAUGUCAGCGAUUUACAAUCAUGCCUUGUCAAUAGCAUUACGAUUAUGGGAAAGACUAUAGGAACUAAACGCUAUUUCAGGACUUUUUGUGACCGCUUUGUCGAGGCAUUUGUCACUCGACACCUGGCGAAUAUAACAAGAUGCCGGCCAAUUUCAGAGGUCGGAGCUGAACAGAUGCUGCUUGAUAUCCAUGCGCUUAAAACCACCAUUAUGGAUAUGCCGUUCAUGGGCACGGAAGGUUCCGUUGCUGUGCCAGCAUCAUUCGCAAAGCUUGUAAAUAGAGGUUUUAACAGAAUGGAGACCCUUUUAAAGGCAGUCAUGACACCAUCUGAUCCUGUGGAGGGAUUCAUUGAGAGCUACAUCUUCUUGAUAGCGGAUAAGAGCACCAACAACUUCCAGAAGAUCAUGGAUAUAAAGGGUAUUCGGAAGGCAGACCAGCCUCAGGUGAUGGAAGCUUUCCAGAAACGGAUAAGCAGCGCUGAAACGCUAGCUGAUAGCUCAGAUAUACUGGGCAAGCUUGAUUUGCCCGCAACAAAUGUGCUCCCCAGUUCAAUUUCGACGUCCUUCAAUACCAUUGCGAAUACCGCUAGUAAUUUUAAUACCGCACAGUUCCAACAAUUGGGAAUUCGAAGUGCUGUCGGACAGUCAACGUCCAUGAAUAGCCCAAUUUCACCUACAGGCGAUGGUACAGCCAAAGGAAGAUUGAAUGAAAACUUUAGAAAGCUGGUUAUGACGGGCAUGAACUUCCGUAAAGAUCUACAGGAGAGACGAGAGAUUGCUAGUCGGCAAGCUAAGCCAACCUGAGCUGAGCUCACUCCCACUAUAAAAUAAAAAUACCCAAUUUUAAUCAUA